UUCAAGAUGGCUGCUCCCAGGCCAACGGAAGUCUUGAGAAUGACAUUUGUUUGUUGAAAGCGCAAGAGAACGCGUUAAGAUUUCAUUAGUUCGCGCAGUUUAAUUAUUAUCAAUAAUUACUAAAAUUUAAUUGACCUUACGUGUUGCAUAUUCGUAUUAUAACAUAAAGACUCACAUACGGUUUUUUUUAUUCCUUUUGCGAAUGUUCUCUAAUACUACUUGGCAGAUGCAAGUAUUGGGCAGUGUUUUGUUAAAAUAUUAUUUAAAACUGUAUCUUUGUUGCAUCUUCAGGACAUGAGACAAUGAUGCCAUUAAAGGAUAACCAGGAUGUUGCAUGCUUUCUGGUCACCAAACAUUCAUGGAAGGGAAAGUACAAACGUAUUUUUUCCAUUGGAUCCAUGGGUAUUACGACAUAUAAUCCUGGGACCUUAGAGGUCACUAAUAAAUGGGAAUACUCUGAUUUUAUUAGUGUACAACCUACAAACAAGCAUCAGUUGGGUUCCUAUGAAUUUAGUAUAACUAUGCGCAAAGAACGUAAAGUUGAUACAAUGAAAUUUAGUUCUGAACAUAGGGCACAUUUGUUAACAGAAGCACUGAAAUAUAGAAAUCAGUUUGCAGAGAAACCAAAAGAAAUUCUGAGAUAUCAAGCUUAUAAAUGUCAUUGGUCCGAUACAAGAUUACCAGUAGUAUUAGAAGUAACUCCAUACAGUCUUGAUCAACUGGAUCCUGCAACGAACAUGGUACUCUCCAGUUAUUGUUAUAAAGAUUUUGAAGGCAUUGCAACAAUGAAAGAUUAUCCUAAUGGAUUUGUGAUUGUUUGUGGUGGAUUUGGACGUUUACAUCUUUUUGCAUCUACUCAUAUGGAGGAAAUAAAAAAGAAGCUAUUGGAAUCAGCAAUAAAUAAUUUAGGAAUUAACAUAAAAGUUUUAAAGGAACCAAUAAAAUUAGAUGAUUUUAUUGCACAAAGAUUAGGGAAAUUUAGUAAUGAUGAACAUAUUACAAGCGGUUCAGAAUUUACUGUUCAUAAAAUUUCACCCAGACAUUCAGAACCACAAAAAAGAACGCUUUGUCUUUCCGACAGUUGUUUAUUGGAAAGGGACCCACAGACGUAUAAUAUUUGUACACUAAGACCACUGUCAGAUAUUUUUGCCCUUAUUCGUGAUAAUGCAAAUCCACAAUUAUUUACGAUACAAUAUUUAAAUGGACAAACAAGAAGUUAUACUGCAACAGACAGAGAUUCUUUGUUAGCUUCGUUACUUGACGGUGUAAGAGCAUCUGGAAAUAGAGAUGCUCAUGUAAGAAUGUAUCCAAUUGCAAGGGGAAAGAGGCUAGGACCUCUUAAUUUACCCGUUGAUGAAGAAGUAGAAAUAUCUCAUGUUAAAUUUUUACAACAACCACCAGGAGGACGUACUUUUGCAGAAAUUCUGGAAAGAUUUAAUGCCAAUAUACCAUAUAGUGGUCUCAAUUAUUCGAUUACUCAAGAUGGACUUUUUACUGAGAAUAAAGAGAAAAUUAUACUUGCUGCCUUAAGCACGUUAGUCAAUAAAGAACUAGAAGGGAAUGAUGAGAUCGAAGCACAGUUUCAUGCCAUACGAAGAUUGGUAGCAAGUAAAGUUGGAUUCAAUGCGUUCACCUCUUUACCUGGAUUUAGAGAAGCUAUCGGUAAUAGAGUUGUAAAGGCAUUAAAAAGACAAGAUUGUGGCGUUACGCAGGCUGCUAUAGAUUGCAUCUGUGCACUUAUGCAACCAAUGCACGAUGAUUGUGACCUAAGGCAAGAACAAUUAAACAAAAGCAGUCUGCUUAGUAGUAACAAAUUUUUAGAAAGUUUACUUGAAAUGUGGAUUAACCAUAUUAAUCAUGGCACUGGUGCUUUAGUAGUUUCUGCCAUGCUUGAUCUAUUAACUUUUGCAUUAUGUGUACCAUACAGUGAAACCACGGAUGGCAAACAUUUCGACAACCUUUUAGAAAUGGUUGCAGCAAGAGGUAGAUCACUUUUCAAAUUAUUCCAACAUCCAUCAUUGGCUAUUGUAAAAGGGGCUGGUUUGAUAAUGAGAGCGAUCAUAGAAGAAGGUGCACCUGAAGUGGCUGCAAAAAUGCAAGAAUUAGCUCUUGCCGAAGGAGCUUUACCAAGGCACCUUUUAUAUAGCCUCUUUACUAUUGGCAGUGACAGUAGACUUCUAACGCAUAGACAACUAUGUAGACAUUUAGUAGGAUUAUGGGUGACAGGACAUCCUACUGCUAUGGGAUUAUUAAAACGAAUUAUGCCCGUUGGUUUGCUAAAUUAUUUAGACUCCAGCGAAAAAGUUCCUGAUUCAUUCCUCGAAGAAGAAAGAUUAAAUAAUCGUGAUAAUUUAAAAAUAGCAAUAGACCAUGCAUCGAAAAAUAAAAAAAGUCCGCAAUGGAUUAUGAUCGAGCGUCAAAUGCGAUUAGUUGAGAAGCAUGUGGAACAUGCUCUUCAGCACUGGGGUGCACGUGUCGGUAUAGAAAGACGAGAAAAGAUCAAAGAACGUCCAAUAGUCUUAAGAAAACGCAGAGAAAGAAUUAAGUCUGAAGCAAACUGGAAAUUGUUUUAUUAUAAAUUCAAUCAAGAUCAUUCGUUACCUAAUUUAAUAUGGAAUCAUAAAACAAGAGAAGAAUUAAGAACUGCUCUUGAUCACGAAAUACGUGCAUUUACCUCGGAUAAAGAAUUAGCAGGUGGAACCUUGAUUGCAUGGAAUUACAGAGAAUUCGAAGUGCAAUAUCAGUGCCUAUCAGAUGAAGUCAAAAUUGGAGAUUAUUACUUGAGGCUGUUACUAGAAAAAGAUAGCCCAGACAGUCCAAUUCGAAAAUCGUAUGAAUUUUUUAAUGACUUAUACCAUAGAUUCUUAUUAACAACAAAAGUCGAAAUGAAGUGCCUUUGCUUGCAAGCAAUGACUAUAGUGUAUGGACGAUAUUACGAAGAUAUUGGACCAUUCUCAGACACAAAAUAUAUAGUAGGAAUGUUGGAUCGGUGCACCGAUAGGAUGGAGCGAGAUCGAUUAGUUAUGUUCAUAAAAAAACUUAUUCUACACAGAAGAAACGUUAAAGAAAUAAUGGAUCAGAAUGGAGUACGAUCGCUCGUAGAUCUUUUAACAUUAGCACAUUUACAUACUUCUCGUGCUGUGGUACCCACGCAAACUAAUGUCAUAGAAGCAGGUCCACAACAAGAGAGGAUAAUGGAAAAAGAAUGGUAUUAUAAUGAUGGUGACACGCGUAAGGGUCCCAUAAGUUUAAAAGAUCUAAAAGAUUUGUAUACGACAAAUAAGAUAACUUAUAAAACAAAGGUUUGGGCACAAGGAUUGGAUGGAUGGAGAAUGAUAUCUCAAGUACCACAAUUGAAGUGGACUUUAGUCGCAAGAGGAAUGCCAGUAAUCAAUGAAAGUGAAUUAGCAACUUUGAUUUUAAAUAUUUUAAUUAAAAUGUGCGAAUACUUUCCAAGUAGAGAUGCGGACGAUGCUGUGAUUAGGCCGUUGCCACGUGUUAAACGUCUUUUGUCAGAUCUUCAAUGUUUACCACAUAUUGUACAACUCUUACUAACCUUUGAUCCCGUCUUGGUCGAAAGAGUCGCUACAUUAUUAUGCGAAAUAAUGCGCGACAAUGCAGAUGUCUCUAAAAUUUAUCUCACCGGUGUCUUCUAUUUUAUAUUGAUGUACACUGGUUCCAAUGUUCUACCUAUAGCAAGAUUUUUACAAUUGACACACAUUAAACAGGCUUUUAGAAGCGAUGAUAACAUAUCUUCCGAUAUUAUGCAACGAAGCAUUCUUGGCCAACUUUUACCUGAUGCCAUGGUCAGCUAUUUAGAAAAUCAUGGUGCAGAGAAAUUUGCACAAAUAUUUCUAGGUGAUUUUGAUACUCCCGAAGCAAUUUGGAAUGCUGAAAUGAGAAGAAUGCUUAUUGAAAAAAUAGCCGCACAUAUUGCCGAUUUUACUCCGAAAUUAAGAAGCCAUACUAUGGCCAAGUAUCAAUACAUAGCUAUACCUGCUGUGAGGUAUCCACAAUUGGAAAAUGAAUUAUUUUGUCAAAUAUUUUAUCUUCGACAUCUAUGCGAUACUGUCAAAUUUCCUCAAUGGCCUAUACCUGAGCCUGUGCAAUUAUUAAAAGAUGUAUUGGAUGCGUGGAAAAAAGAGGUAGAGAAAAAACCGCCCUUAAUGACAGUCGAUGAUGCUUAUAAAGUAUUAGGUCUGCCUAUUGGAGAACAACACAAUGAAGCAAACGUUAGGAAAUCAUAUUAUAAAUUAGCUCAAAUGUAUCAUCCAGAUAAAAAUCCUCAAGGCAGGGAUAAAUUUGAGGCAGUUAAUCAAGCAUAUGAAUUUUUAUGUAGUCGCAGUUGUUGGACUAUCGACGGCCCGAAUCCUGAUAAUAUAGUACUUAUUUUGAGAACACAAAGUAUUCUUUUUCAUAGGUAUUCAGAAGAACUUAGGCCAUAUAAAUAUGCUGGUUAUCCUCAGUUAAUUAAAACGAUCAAAUUAGAAACAGACGAUGAACGUUUAUUUUCAAAGUCUGCACCAUUAUUGGCUGCUGCUAGUGAACUUGCAUAUCAUACGGUUCAUUGUUCUGCUUUAAACGCGGAAGAAUUACGAAGGGAAGGUGGUUUAGAGGUUUUACUUGAUGCCUAUACUCGAUGUGUUUCGGUUUUGAACAAAUCAAGUAAAUCCAAUGAUAUUGCGGUACAAGUAUGUAUGCACAUUACCAAAUGUUUUGCUGUUGCUGGCUCAUUUAGAGGAUGCAGAGAUAAAAUCAUUGAAUUACCACAAUUGGUUAAAGAUUUAUGCAGAAUAUUACAUUUCAGACAUUUGACAAAAUUAUGUUCGGUUGCUACCGAAUGUGUAUCAUCACUUGCUACAGAUAGCAUUCUACAAAUGCAGCUAUUUCAAUCUGGUGCUUUGUGGCAUUUGUUACUAUUUAUGUUUAAUUACGAUUAUACAUUAGAAGAAGGUGGCGUCGAAAGAACUCAAGAUGAAAAUAGACAAGAAGUUGCUAAUAACUUGGCAAAAUUAGCUGUCAAGGCAUGCGCUAGACUAGGUGGUUAUAUGACAGGAGAAAACGAAACACCUACUAAUCCUGUCACAGUGGCAGCUUUAGAAAGUCUUUUAACACCUUAUCUUGCUCGUCGGCUUAGUGAAAACAAGCCAGAGGAGAUAUUAAAGACAUUAAACUCUAAUUGUUCAAACCCCUAUUUAAUUUGGGAUAAUGGAACUAGAGCCGAGUUAAACGAAUAUUUAGAAGUUAAGCGAUUAGAAAGAUUGAACGGUAACGAAAACUUUGAACAUGAUUUCAGUGAUUUUAAGUACAGUGCUCAUGCUGGAGAAUUGCUUAUUGGUGAAAUAUUUGUUAAAGUAUAUAAUGAACAGCCAGUCUUUCCUAUAGAGGAUCCAAAAAGCUUUACAAUAAAUUUGCUCGAGUUUCUAUCCAAAUCAUCGGAUUAUUUAGCUUCUCUUGGAAGUGUUACUUUAGGCAAAGAAUAUAAAGAAAAAUUAGAACACGUUGUAAUGGCUCUAGAAGCAUUAAGAAAUGUAAUUAAAAAUAAUCCUGGAAUAGAACUACAGUGUAUGGGUCAUUUUAAAUUAUUAUUUGGAUUAGUUAAUUGUAACAAUUUCAAAUUAGUGCAAAAAAGUGCACUUGAAGUAAUCAGUAAUGUAACUAAAAAUCAAGAAUGUGUCAGUGAUAUCGCAGCGAACGAAGUGACAGUACAUUUACUAUUAUGCUUGCACAGUUUAAAGGAGUAUCAACUUCUCGCAUUAGAAACUUUAUAUGCACUAAUGAGUUCAACAAAGAUCGUAAAGGAAGCAUUGGCCAAAGGAGCUGUUGUUUAUGUCCUUGAUUUAUUCUGCAAUUCAAGUAAUAUUCAGGUACGAGAAACAGCGGCUGAAUUGCUCGCCAAAAUGUCUUCAGAUAAAUUGGCUGGACCAAAGGUGAAAUUAGAUCUAUCUAAAUUUUUACCCAGGUUAUUUAGUGAAGCAAUUCGUGAUGCACCUAAACAAUGUGUAAACAUGUUUGAAACGAAACACGAAAAUCCAGAAUUGAUUUGGGACGAUGAAUCCAAAGGACGAGUUUCAAGAAUUGUUGCAGAAUUAAAAGAUGAAUAUUUCGCAUUACAAAGAAGAAAUCCUAAUGCAAUAUUGAAGUUACCAGACACGCAGAAUAAUAUUGAUAUCAUUACAAAUGAACCUGUAGUGGGUGGCGUAUACCUCAGAUUAUUUAUAGCUAGUCCUGCAUGGGCUCUUAGAAAGCCUAAAGAAUUUUUAAGCGAACUUAUGGACACUAUUCUAAUAUUUAUGUCUAAGGAAAAGACUGAUUCUGAGAUGUUAGAGCUUACAACACAAGCUUUGGUAUGUUUAUUACAAGCACAACCCAUGUUAGCAGAUCAAGUACCAUCGUUAGGCCAUAUACCACGACUAUGCAGACAAAUGGCAAUGCAGAAUAAUCAACCUUCUGUAUACAAAACAGCAAUAUUAAUAUUACAUCAAUUAGCUACCAGCGAGAUUUGUAUAUCAUCUAUUUGUCAAACAGAAUGUAUAAGUCCAUUAAAACAUGCUAUGCAAUCCAGACGGGAUAUGAUAGCAAUAGCAUGCGAAACUUUAAAUAGAUUAUUUUCUACGAAUGAGGAUAGACUUAUUAAACAGGCACUGGAAGCUGAAAUGGUGCCAUAUCUCUUAAAUAUAUUGGAAGGUCGAUUAGAUGCUAUCGAUAAUGCUGCUACGACAAAAGCGCAAAUAGUGAAAGCUUUAAAAGCAAUGACGAGAAGCUUACUUUUAGGUGAAAAGGUUAAUGCUAUAUUGGAAAAAUCUAGUGUCUGGGCAGAAUACAAAGAUCAACGACAUGACUUAUUUUUAACAAAUGCCUCCAAUUCAGGCUUUAUAACGGCUGGAACACCAGUAUCCGCUGGUUAUUUAACAGCAGGACCCAGUACAACAAUUACCACAGGUCCACCACCGGUUGACAAGGAAGAUAGUUUAAUUAGAAACGAUAGCAUCUGAUAUAGGUAGCAUCGAAAGUCGUACAAAAGACAGUGAGAUUAUCAAUGAUAAAAUUCCUGUCGGUCUAUCUUACUGAUAUAGAGACUAUGUUGUCUGUGAUUUUUGGCUAUUUAAAGAAAGGAAUAUAUUAAUUGAAUAAUAUUCGGUUGAGCUACUUUUUUUCAUCGUUACUAUUUUUUAAGAGCACGUCAUUUAUUCACUUUAUAAGAGUUAAAAAUAAUGUAUUAUUAUAAUUUACGUAGUUAUUUUAAAAAUUAUUUGUUUAUGCAAACUAUGCCAAUCCGUAUAAUUAUAUCCGUUUGUUAUAUCAAACGUUAUUCGAAAAUAACUUUCAUGCCGUACUUGAUAGUCACAUAAUAUGAUUUAUUUUUAUUCUAAGCGAUGUAUACUUACUAAUGAUCGCAAGUUUAUGAUCUUGUAUGAAAUAUUUAUUAAUAAUAUUUCUUGGAUAAUCGCAUAUCUAGAAUUGGAAAUAUUAUUGAUGAAUAAUAUUGAAAAUAUAUAU